AUGCGCUUUCAGUCGUUGGUGGAGAAAGCCACAGAGGUGGAGCUAAUGAAAAACAGGAGGUUGAACUGUGCUGGAACUGGAGGGCCAAUGAAGUCAGGCUCUCAAAACUAUCAAGGCAAGGGGAGAUUUCAGAACAGGAGGCCGUAUCAACGUCCUGCUGGGAGAGGGUUUACCUCAGGAUCUUAUAGACCCAUGGCGGGUACUACUGGUGAUUCUGGGAAGCAGACCUUGAACAGGGAGGAGAAGAUUUGUGACCCUAGAUUCAUUGGGCUGAAAGGAGUUUGGGGAGAAGGGGAAACUCAAUGCACUAUUAUUAGUGUUUACUCACCAUGUGAUAUGGAGGGCAAGAGACAACUUUGGGCAGAUUUGCUAGCUUGGAGGAACACAAAUAUUAGCCCAAAUUGGUGCUUUUUGGGUGAUUUUAAUGCGGUCCGAGCAAUACAAGAGAGGAGAGGAGCCUCUAUAGCAUCAUCUCAAUAUAGAAGGGAGAUGGAAGAGUUUAAUACCUUCAUUGAAGAAGCGGAACUAGUAGAUAUCCCUACCGCGGGAAAGAAGUUCACUUGGUAUAGACCGAAUGGUCAAGCGAUGAGUAGACUUGAUCGUUUCCUUGUCUCCAAUGAUUGGUACUCAUCUUGGCCCGAUUGUGUUCAAGAAGUUCUUGAAAGAGAUUUAUUUGAUCAUUGUCCGGUAUUGUUAAGGCUUGGUAGACAUAAUUGGGGGCCUUAUCCUUUCCCAGUCCUUAACUGUUGGAUUCAUGAUCAUAGAUUCAAACCCUUCGUCGAAACUAGUUGGUCCUCACUUCAAGCCGAAGGGUGGGGAGCUUUUGUGCUUAAAGAGAAGUUAAAGGCACAUAAGGAGGGAAUCAAAAGGUGGAAUAAGGAGAUCUUCGGGGAUUUAAAUACUAAGAGAAAGGAGGUGGUGUUGGAAUUAAAUGCUUCAGAUACAAUGGCUGAUGAGGGUACCCUUAAUGCGGAAGACAUUGUGAGGAGGAAGGCUUUGGGGGCGGAAUAUUGGAGAAUCUCUAAUCUCCAUGAGUCUUUGCUUCACCAAAAGUCAAGACUUAGUUGGAUCAAGGAGGGGGAUGCAAAUACAAAAUUCUUCCAUGCCAUGGUAAAUUGGAGGAGAACAAAGAACUCUUUGGUGGGUCUUCACAUUAAUGGGAGAUGGAGCGAGGAACCUCUAGAGAUAAAAAAUGAAGUCAAAGGUUUUUUCUCACAAAAAUUUAGAGAGGAGCAGUGGGCCUCCCCUAAAUUAGAUGGUGUCCCUUUCCGACAACUCUCACAAGCAGACAAUACUUUUCUAACCACCUCCUUUGACAUUGAUGAAGUGAAGGAAACAGUUUGGGAUUGUGAUGGCGAUAAGAGUCCGGGUCCAGACGGUUACAACUUCACAUUCAUUAAAUCAUUCUGGCACAUUCUUCAAGAUGACUUUAAAAGAAUGAUUGAUGAAUUCCAUAGGAAUGUUCAUGAUGCAAAAAGAAGAUCUCCUACUAUGGUGUUUAAAGUGGAUUAUGAGAAAGCCUAUGAUUCGGUCAAUUGGAACUUUUUACUUUAUAUGAUGAGAAGAAUGAACUUUGACGUAAGGUGGAUUAGAUGGAUCCGAGUUUGUAUCUCAUCGUCUACUCUUUCGGUGCUAGUAAAUGGAAGCCCAACGGAGGAGUUUAAAAUGGAAAAAGGCCUUCGACAAGGAGAUCCGAUGGCACCUUUUCUCUUUCUCAAUGUGGCAGAAGGUCUUAAUGGGUUGCUAAAACAUGCGGUUGCGCUUGAGAAGUACAAGCCGUACAAAGUAGGCGAUGAAAAUCCCAUUAGUAUCUCUCUCCUCCAAUUUGCCAAUGACACCUUAUUCAUUGGCGAUGGUACUAUCCAAAAUACCAUAAUCCUGAAAUGUAUUCUCCAUUGUUUCGAAUUGGCAUCAGGAUUGAAGGUGAACUUCUCCAAGAGUAGUUUGGUGGAGAUUGCUAUAGAUGAAUUGUUGGUGAGAAGAAUGGCUGCCAUACUUCAUUGUAGAAUUUCAAAAUUCCCCCUUGUUUAUCUUGGCAUUCCACUAGGCGGUAACCCAAAGAGCUUACGGUUUUGGGACUCUAUAAUUCUGAAAAUCAAGAAGCGCCUAUCUAAGUGGAAGCAAAAGCUCCUUACCUUUGGAGGUAGACUAUGCCUUAUUAAAAGCAACCUCUCUAGCCUCCCUUUGUAUUUUUUCUCCUUUAAAGCACCUGCUGGUGUUUUGAAAGAAAGCAAGAAAAUUGUGAGAAGAUUUCUUUGGGGUGCUAAGGAAAAUGAGAACAAACUGGCUUGGGUGAGUUGGAGCAAAAUUUGUAGACCAAAGGAGGAAGGUGGCUUAGGUGUCCGAGAUUGGGGUUUGUUUAACAAGGCUUUAUUGGGUAAAUGGAGGUGGAGAUUAUUAAAGGAUAAGGACAAUCUCUGGAGCAAGGUACUUCAUGCUAAAUAUAAGAAUACAGUCCCUGUUGACGCUUCAUCAUGGUGGAAAGAUCUCAAUCUUAUGUGCUUUGAUGAAGGGCUAGGGGGGUGGAUGGAAGACGGCCUUUGUCAGAAAAUUGGGGAAGGAAACGACACAAAGUUCUGGCAUGACAAUUGGCUGGGAUCGAGACCACUUAGGGACAUAUAUGUGAGACUUUACUACCUCUCAACUCAGCAAAAUCAUACUAUAGAGGAGAGUCUGGUGGAUGAGUUGCAUCAACAAGUGUGUAAUUUUACACUAAUAGAAGGUGCUAGGGACGACUGGGUUUGGAACAAGGAGGAGGGAGGGGUAUUUACAGUAAAAUCUGCAUUUGAAAUUCUUCUAGGAGAGGUGACUGAACCUGCAGACAGGGUUUUUCACAAAUUGUGGUCCCUCAAGGCACCCUCAAAUACUUUAUCCUUGGCAUGGAAAAUCCUACUUAACCGUAUCCAAUCUAAGGAGAACUUAAGAAGAAGGGGCAUAUUGAACACUGAAACAGAGACUUGUUGCUCUUUCUGUUCUGCUGUAGAAGAAUCAACAUCUCAUUUAAUUUUUACUUUUGCUAUAUCCUGGAGAAUUUGGAUGUUGGUCUAUGAUUGGUUAGGGAUGUAG